AUGCGCUUCUCGCAGUGCGCUCCGCUUCUCCUCGGCACCCUGGCCUCGGCCGUGGGUGCGCUCGCCGACACUCCGGGUCCCAGCACCACGGCCGCCGCCGCCGAUGCCGAGAGCACCAGCAACAUCAUUGCGGGCGCCUACAUUGUCGAGCUCGACGAUGCUUCGCCUGAUGCCGAGUCUCUGUUCAAAGACCUCCGCGCCGAUGGCCUCGAGGUGAAGCCGAGCAUGGAUCUCAAGUUCCGCCUCUUCAACGGCGUCUCGUUCCGCGUCGAGUCACCCGACUCGGUCGGCGCCGACGCCCUGACGGCCCAGAUCGCAGCCAAGGGCGCCGUCAAGGCUCUCUGGCCCGUCCGCGGCAUCCGCUUCCCCCAGUUCGACCCGGCCAACGCCGGACCUCACAACCUGUCGGCCUCGACGCAACAGCAGCACCAGAGACGUGCGCUCGGCGACGGCGACGUCUACACGCCGCACCUCAUGACGCAGGUUGACAAGCUGCGCGCCGAGGGCUUCACGGGCAAGGGUCUGCACAUUGGCGUUGUCGACACGGGCAUCGACUACCGACACCCUGCGCUCGGCAAUGGUUGCUUUGGCCGUGAGGGCUGCCUCGUGACCAAGGGGUGGGACUAUGCGGGCGACGAGUUUGACGAAGGCGGCAACCUCAAGCCCGACGAUGACCCCAUCGACACAUGCCAGGGCCACGGCACGCACGUCAGCGGCAUUGUGGCAGCCCAGGAGAACGAGCUCGGCUUCACGGGUGCGGCACCCGACGUGACGCUCGGUGUCUACAAGACGAGCGGGUGCGCUGGCUACGCGACGAGCGAGGUUCUCGUGGCCGGCAUCUACCGCGCCUAUGACGAGGGGGCCGAUAUCAUUUCUCUUUCGGCCGGUGACGACUCUGGAUUCUCGAGCGACGCCGCUGCCGACGCCGUAUCUCGUCUCGCCGCCGCCGGCGUGCCCGUCAUCGUGGCCACCGGCAACUCAGGCGGUCUCGGCCUGUGGAACGCGGCGUCUCCGGCCUCGGGCAGGGAGGUCGCCGCCAUCGGCUCCGUCGAGAACACCAAGCUGCCGACCAUCAUGACGAGGGGUGACUUCUCCAACGGCACCGGCUCCCACGGCUUCGGCUGGCUCCAGGGGAACCCCGUCCUCCAGACCAAUGCGACGGUGCGUAUCUGGGCGCCCGCCGCCAACGCCAGCGACCUGACGGCGUAUGCCUGCACCUCUGUGCCCGCCGACUUGCCUGAUCUCGACGGCCUCGCCGUUCUACUCCCCCUUACCACCGAAUGCAGCUCAGAUGACCAGGCCGCCAACUUUGUCACCAAGGGCGGCAAGCACAUCAUCUACUACCCCGAGAGCGAUGCGCGCCUGGCGGCCACCUACGUGUACACCGAAGGCAUCGAGGGCGUCUUUGUCGUCUCCCCUGCCCAGGCUGCCGCGUGGCUCAAGGCCUUGGGGGCCGGCCAGCGGAUCGACGUGACUGUGAGCCCCGUCGAGUCGGCGCGCGUCUGGGCCGAGGACCUCAGCAACGGGCCCGGCGCCGGCCUGACGAGCGGCUUCACCAGCUGGGGUCCCUCGUGGGAGAUGGUGCUGAAGCCGCAGUUCACGGCGCCCGGCGGCGGCAUCCUGUCGACGUGGACCUGGGGCGCGGGCGACUACGCCGUGAACCCGGGCACGUCCAUGUCGGCGCCGCUCGUGGCCGCCAUCUACGGCCUCGUCGGCCAGGCGCGCAAGACGCUCAACGCGCAGGUCCUCCGCAACGUGCUCUCCAGCACGGCCAAGCCGCUGCCCUGGUUCGACGGCGAGACGACGCACGACGACGUGCUCGCGCCCGUGGCCCAGCAGGGCGCCGGCCUGGUGCAGGCCUACGACGCCGCCCACGCCACGACCCUCGUCGACACCAGCGGCUUCUCCUUCAACGACACGGACAGCUUUACGCCCAAGCGCACCUUCACGCUCGAGAACACGGCCGCCGAGGCCGUCACCUACACGUUCGGCCACGCCAAGGCCGCCACCGCCUACAGCUUCGCCGCCGACAACCUGCUCACCAUCGCCCGCUUCCCGCCGCCGACGGCCGACGUCUGGGCCUCGAUCGCCUUUGAGAGCGAGACCGUGACCGUCCCGGCCGGCGCCUCGGCCAAGGUCACCUUCACGCUGACGCCUCCCGCCGGACUCGACGCCGGCCGCCUCCCCGUCUACAGCGGCUACAUCACCAUCACGCCCUCGUCCCCGGGCGCCGGCCGUCUGACGCUGCCGUACGUCGGCCUCGCCGGCAGCCUCCACGACUUCAACCCCCUCCACAACCAGAGCGUCCCCCACACGGGCGUCUACCUCUCCUCGACCGAGACGCACUUCCUGAUCCCCGUCGCCGCGAACCGCACCUUCACCAUCCCCCGCCCCGGCGGCACCUGGGCCCCCUCCGUGCUGCCCAAGCUGGUCGCCAUCCCCACGAUCGGCACCCCAGAGCUGCACGUCGACCUCGUGCCCCUCGACGGCAGCGGCAGCGACAGCGGCAACGGCACGACCAAGGCCUGGCUCGGCUACACGACACUCGGCAGCCUUCCGCGGACGCCCAUCCACUAUGCCCCUACGAUCGGGUACACGCACAACUUUGACGGCCGCCUCGCCGACGGCACCGUCGCGCCCGAGGGCGCCUACAAGUUUGUCGCUAGCGCGCUGCGCAUCCACGGCGACCGCGACGACAAGGAUGACUGGGUCGUCGUCGAGAGCGUGCCGUUUGUGCUGAAAUACCUCAGCAGCAAGUGCAAGCGCGUUCUGCUCGAGGCGGAUGCGUAA